AUCGGACACCUUGAUGUUGUCUGUUCAAUGUCAUCAGUGCAAGUCCACGUGCGCUUCCUGUUUGUGACUAACAUGGGUCGCUCUGAAACCAGGGUGGGUUUUUGUUUGCCCUUACAGCACCAAAAAAAAAAAAAAAAGCCUUUUUAUGUCAUGCAAUUUAACAAUGCGAUUUUCCUCCUGAACUUUGAAUUCACUUAAAAGGGAUGAAAGGUUUGUAUUUCCUCGACUGGUUUUGAUGAGGUAUUUUUGAUUAUUAUUCGGCCCUAAAAGCAGGGGAGGUGAAUGAAUGAUGGUUUGCUCUGCAACUUGAAAAGCAAUCAGAGGAACUCUAAAUAAUUAACCAACGCCUCAUAAUAUGUCCUAAUUCAACUAUUCUGUAUUUUUUUUUUUAUUCGUAUCAGCCCUGUAAUUCAUAGAAUGAGACUAAACGUGUGAGCCGUUGAACUCCUUUGUGUGCCCUUUGACUUCCCGUGUGCCCUUUUGGCAGGCGCAUCUCGGUAACCAGAAUAUUGUGCAAAACGUUUUGAGUUCAGUCAGUCACUCCCAAAAGGGACACUCGUUCCGAAUGAGCGAGUCACUCUUCGGUAUUUUCAAAAAUAAUGUGGCUUUUUGAAGAUCGCUGUCAUCAAAACAAAUGAAAUAUUGAACCCGCCGUUGAUGAGCUUCACCGUUUGAACUGAACUCCCGAAAGGUUUACGCAAUUUUCAAAUUCGCCGAGAUGCACCUGUGUGCUCGACAUACUCUGCGACGACGUCAGGACAACCUAAUACUUUUAACGUUUGUCUUUCACCAGUCGCCAAGAGUGAAGGAGGCACCGCAGAACACUGAGAUGUUCCAGACGCCGGAGCCUUUGAGUGGACGGACCGCUGCUGCUGGUGAAGCAGAACUACCUCAGGGUGCAGCCACACUUGCCCCGCCCCCUGCGUCACAGGCAACGAACGGAGGAACCGCUACCGCUGCUCCGACGCCGGUUCCUUCGAUCUCAAGCAACGUCACGUCUCCAAUUAGUUUGGUAUUACGGCUAAGAAAUAAAAAGAGGGAGCUGAACGAUAUCCGCUUUGAGUUCAUGCCAGGCCGAGACACAGCAGACGGCGUCUCGCAGGAGCUGGUGUCAGCAGGCCUGGUGGACGGGAGGGAUUUAGUCGUAGUUGCUGCAAAUUUGCAGAAAAUAGUGGAUCAGCCCAUAACCGAUAAAAAUGUCGUGUUUAAACUGGCUUCUGGAGUCGAGGGAUCUGAAAUACCGGAUGAUGUCAAAUUGAUCGGCUUUGCUCAGCUCACCAUCAGCUAAACUGAUGUUUCCGACCAUGAGACCGUGACUUGCCUAAAAGAUGUGAAAUUUUUUGUUUAUUUUUUAUUUUUUGGGGGGGGGGGGCAUAUUUAAAUAUUCAUAGAGAUUUAGAAUUUUUUUUUUUCUACCGCUGGAAAGAAAACCAGAACUGCCAAAGAAACCCACCGUUAAAUGGGCCACUUUUUUGAAUGAACCUGAAGUACGACGGGUUCAUAAAUCACUCAAAAAAACAACGCCGAAAAAAAAAAUGUUUACAGUGUACUUGUUCGCUGUCUGCGAACAUGUUCAACCGCUGUUUGGAUUCUUUGGGUUUUGCUUUCCUUCGAUAGUUGGAUGCAUUUGCACAAUCUCAACUAACACGCUUUGAACGUUUAACAAUGACUUGUGUUUAGCAAAACUACUGAAUGCGCUUUGUUAAUUUUUUUUUUGCUGUCAUGUACGAUGUAUGGUUUCAGUUAACGUCGAGCUCUAGAGAACCACAAAAAAAAGGAACGCAAGUAUUUAAAAACUUCAUCCGGCAGUCACGCUUAAAUGGAAGACGAGUAAAUAGUUCAGAACUCGUUUUUGUGACAUUUAUGUACAUUUGCGGUCCAGCAUGUUACUUUUGUGCAGUUUUUGAAUCCUUGAGCUUGCAUCCCAAAAUCAAACAGUUGCAGAAGACUUUGUCGCAUCAUCACCCCAAAAAAAAUAAUCAAGCAGCGAUAUACGUAUCUCUCGUUUGCCUUAAUAGUCCCAAUCUAACGAUAAAAGUGAUUAUCGGAAAUAACCCUUGACAGCACUGACGUAGGAAGUGGAACGAUGCUAACGAUGGUGUACAUGUCAACGUAUAACGUCAAAUUUUUGGUCUUACAAAAUUGGCCCAUUGCCAUAUACUUAAUUUAUGAUUUCAUGCUAAACGGUGCCAUAAAUCGGAAACCGCGAGAAAACCAAACAAAUUCGUAGAACGUAUACUAGAUGCUAAUCUUGGCGUAAAGCUCAACCUAUGCCUUAAUAAUGACGUUGCGGGAAUUCUUGCGUCGAUUCACGAUAUUAACAUAAGCGCGCGUCUUACCAUAAAACUUUUGUUUGUUUUUACGUGAAGUCAACAUCAACUGAUUUCCAAUUGAACGAAAAAGACAAAAUGACAACAAAGUCAAACGUCUCCCAACUGAAACCACACAUUUUCCAAAGUUUCUUAGCCAGCUAAGUUUUUGUCGAGUCAUUCACACAAAUGGAAAAAAAAAAACAAUUUAAGUGCAUUUUUGUGUGUGUGUGUACAUAGAGAAACACAAGUACUUGAUUUAACUCGUAGUAUGUAAAUAAUGACAUUAUUAUUAUUAUUAUUAUGAUUUUUUUUUGUUGUUUUGUUUUUGUUUUCAAACGGGAUGUUUCACGCUUAGCCUUGGUUUUGUCCCAGCACAUUUUGGGAGGCUUUGAAGGAAGACGACAAGACUUUGGGUACUGACGAUUCACAGAUUGAAGUCUACUUUGGGAACUUUCUGCCUUUUGUAAGCAAAGGAAAAAAAAAAAAAAAUCGAUGUCACGAUGUGGAUUUUUUACGCUGUUUACGAAAUUUUUUGAACGGGAACGUGCAAAAGGGUGCAAUAACUAAGUCAGCCGCCUUUCGAUUCAAAAAAUGACCAAUCGUCACGUUUCUCCUUGCACCAAAGUUCCGACACAUAAAUGCUAGCGCGAACAUUUGGCCGACAAGAUUCUCAACCCGUCUCAGUAGUUUUUUCCUGUUAGGCAAAUACGAUUCUUCAGCCAAUAACUUGUUUUUGGCUAUAAUAUUAUGAAAAUAAUCACUACUUUGUUUCAGGAGUUCCAAGCAUGUUUCUUUAUAAGUCUUUUUCGUCAGUAAUGAAGAAAACACGAGACCGAGCUUGUUUUGCCUCCUCGUGACGGGGAUGGAUGGCUUGUUGCCAUUUACGCUCAUAGAAAAAAAAAUCUGACAAAAUGUUCAGCAUUCUGUUAUAAUUUAUAAUUGUACUGUUUUGCAAUAACUAUUAAAGGCAGACUGUUUUAUUGCA